GUUAAAAUAUUAAUGGUGUCCUUUCAAACAAUUCAAAUUAGUUUGAUGGUAUUGGUGAAAUAAUAGCGUGCGUCCCAAUCGAUAAUAAAGCUAAUUAAAUAGAAUAGCAGUGUAAAAGUGGUGACUUUUGAAUCUUGAUCCAAGUCAAGAUUUAUUAAAGCUAAAAUGGAGACGAAAGAAGAGAAAUUCGUUAAAGUAGACAAGAAUGAUUUUAAAUCGAUAGUAACGCAUUUCGCGUCGCCGAAAAUAGGACAUGUUGUAGAAACCUGGAAGAGAAAAUCUGUAUCGAUAGUCUCUCCCAAAUCUGGAAGAAUAACCAAACAGCCAGAGAGAGAGAAAGUAGAAGAGAAACAGAGUAGUGGAUUCUUCUCGAAAUUCAAAGCCAAAGUAGCGGAUUUUGAGUAUAAACCGUCUAAUGUAAGAAAGAAUAGCUUCUAUAAACCAUUCUGGGCGACGAAAGUGGUAGAACCAGAUUGUAAGAAAACUGAAAAUGAAAAAGCUAUCGUAUUCAAGAGUAAUAGUUUCGAACCGGAACUAACUAAGAAGGUUGCUACGAAAAAUGAUAAAGCUCUUUCGAAGACUGUUAGUUUCAAAAAUGAACCUAAACUCCUUAAAAAUAAGAUCGGAUUUCGGAGUAGCGUUGAUGAGCAUAAGGAGCAUAGGCUGAAACUACCGGAGUACUACAAGGGAAGCAAAUUGUACCAACCUACGGGCGAAAGAGUUUUUUGGCUCGGUGAGACCCGCCCAUCGUCCUUCGGGCCAGCUAGCUACCAAGACUUCAAGGAUAUUCAGUCCAGGUGCCUCGCUGACGGCAGACUCUUCGAGGAUCCAGAGUUCCCGGCGAUAGACCGCAGCUUGUAUUACAAGGAGCGGCUGGACAGACCGAUCACAUGGCUUCGUCCAGGGGAAAUAGCGGAAAACCCCCAACUCUUCGUGGAGGGGUACAGCCGUUUCGACGUGCAGCAGGGAGAACUUGGCGACUGCUGGCUUCUGGCUGCCGUUGCCAAUUUGACGUUGCACAGGAAACUGUUCUUCCAAGUGGUACCUGAUGAUCAGAGCUUCGAUGAAGAUUACGCUGGAGUAUUUCACUUUAGAUUCUGGCAAUACGGGCGCUGGGUGGACGUGGUAAUCGACGACCGCCUGCCGACUUACCGCGGCAAGCUGGUCUUCCUCCACUCCUCCGAGAGGAACGAGUUCUGGAGCGCGCUGCUGGAGAAGGCAUAUGCCAAACUGCACGGUUCCUACGAGGCCCUGAAAGGCGGUUCCACCUGCGAAGCGAUGGAGGACUUCACCGGAGGAGUCACUGAGAUGUACGAAAUGAAUGAACUGCCUCCUAACUUCUACACCAUUUUGCUGAAGGCGUACGAGAGGAAUUCGCUCAUGGGAUGCAGUAUUGAGCCAGACCCCAACAUCCUCGAAGCCGAAACUCCCGUGGGCCUGAUCCGUGGUCACGCCUACUCCGUCACGCGCGUUAAAUACGUGGACAUCGAGACGCCGGGACGGGCAGGCAAGAUCCCCCUGCUGCGGCUGCGGAACCCCUGGGGGAAUGAGGCGGAGUGGAACGGGCCAUGGAGCGACAAGUCUCCCGAAUGGCGCUACAUCCCCGAGUCAGAAAAGGAAGAGCUUGGGCUGACGUUUGACGACGAUGGCGAGUUCUGGAUGAGCUUCAAGGACUUCGCGCAGCACUUCGACAGAGUGGAGAUUUGCAAUUUGAACCCCGAUUCCCUGGACCCUGAAGAGUGUCCGGAAGGCUGCACCAAGAAGUGGGAGAUGUCUGUGUUCGAGGGAGAAUGGGUCAGAGGUGUGACGGCCGGCGGGUGUCGCAAUUAUCUGGAGACGUUCUGGCGCAACCCGCAGUACACCGUCACACUGACUGACGUGGACGAAGAUGAUGCUGAUAACAAGUGUACUAUAAUAGUAGCCCUCAUGCAAAAGAACCGUCGCUCGCAACGCCACCAGGGUCUAGAAUGUCUGACCAUCGGAUUCGCCGUAUACGCUCUCCCCGCUUACGGCCACGUGCCCAAGCCGUUGGACGUGAACUUCUUUAAAUACAACGCGUCCGUCGGUCGCUCGCAAGCCUUCAUCAACUUGAGGGAGGUCAGCGCACGUUUCAAGCUGGACCCGGGCAGCUACGUCAUUGUGCCUUCCACCUUCGAGCCUGAUGAGGAGGGAGAGUUCCUGCUGCGAGUGUUCUCCGAGAAGACCAAUAACAUGAGCGAGAACGACGAAGACAUCGGUAUGAGCGAUGUUGACGAUAGGGUGAAAGAAGUGCUCCCCGACCCUGAACCUACGGACCCAGUGAGAGAUUUCUUCAACCGCCUUGCUGGUAGCGACGGAGAGGUGGAUUGGCAGGAGUUGAAGGAGAUAUUGGAUUACGCCAUGAGAGAGGAACUAGGCACGAAAGGCUUCGAUGGGGGCGGAACACAAGGGACACCAGGUGGGGCCGGCGAACAGUCGUGCCUCGAGCAGCUGCUGUGCGCCCUCUGUGCCCCCAUCUGCAAGGAGAUCGGCAUUGACCUGCAGCAAGUUGCUGCACCACCAACGACCACCACAGAACAGGUGCACCUGACGCAGCCGCAGACAGAAUUACGCGGUGAAGAUUUCUCGAAGGAGGCUUGUAGGAGCAUGGUGGCCAUGUUGGACAAAGACAAUUCGGGUGGUCUAGGCUUUGAGGAGUUCAAAUCUCUGUGGAUUGAUUUAAGAAAAUGGAGGGCCACUUUCCGUCUAUACGCGGGUACCGGCGGCGCGAUUCCCGCUGAGAGACUGAGGGAUGCGCUGCACUCCGCCGGCUACACGGUCAACGCUCAUGUACUCAAUGUACUGGCUCACAGAUAUUCAAGCGACGGUUAUAUUCAUUUCAACGACUUCAUCAUGUGCGCUGUGCGACUCAAGACCAUGAUCGCGAACAACGAACCGUUGGAGAGCUUGGAACGAGAGCUGCAAGUGCCGUGAACGACGACAGACAAAUGCCUUCCAAGGACGGUCAUCAGGUGGUGACUACGCUACUUUCUCUCUCGAAGAUUGGCUGAAUCGCACAGUAUACUCAUAGACACCGAAUUGCCUUAAAAAGUCACAAAUACGGGUAUAAUAGUGUUAACAUAAUACUGACCAGUAUAAUCGCAUUUUUAAUGUAGCAACACUAUGUAUAAAUGGAAUUUUUUUGACAUUUGUUUUUUUUUUUAUAUUUCUGGUCAGUAAGCAAAUAAGUGUUCCCAUAAGUACGUGUCAAACGCUAGAAUCUAUAGAAAAUAUUUUUGUAUCCACCGAAUUUCAUUCCACUGUGCGAAGCUAAGUUCAAGAGAUGCAUUUUACUUUGCAGUUUAUUUAUUCGUAUGACAAUUUUAUAUUAUAUUGAGAUCUGAAUAUAUGGUUUUUUAUUU